AUCAACUCCACGCCAAAAUUAGUUUCAAAACGAAGCGUUCCAAAUAGUUGAUUUGCUCUUUGGUUUUUCAGUUUCCCUCCAAAACGAAUCGUUUUGUUUUGAAAAUUUCGAAUUGAAAAAAAGAAAAAAAUGGAGUCAGCGAAAACGACGACGAAGGGAGCGGGAGGAAGGAGAGGCGGAGAUAGGAAGAAGGCGGUGUCGAAGUCGACUAAGGCGGGGCUCCAGUUCCCGGUGGGUCGGAUCGGUCGGUUUUUGAAAAAGGGUCGUUAUGCUCAGAGAACCGGUGUCGGGGCUCCGGUUUACCUCGCCGCUGUUCUUGAAUAUCUCGCCGCUGAGGUGCUGGAGCUGGCAGGAAACGCGGCACGUGACAACAAGAAGACAAGGAUCAACCCGCGGCACGUGCUGCUCGCCGUGAGGAACGACGAGGAGCUCGGAAAGCUCCUCCAGGGCGUGACCAUUGCAAGCGGUGGUGUUCUUCCCAACAUCAACCCAGUUCUGCUGCCAAAGAAGAACGCUUCUACUGAAGCUGGCGAGAAGACCCCCAAGGCAGCCAAGUCACCCAAAAAGGCCUAGAGGCUCGUGAAAAUUUCCCACAUAAUGAAAUAGAAAUGUAGUUGCUUUGCUUUUGUUGAUGUAUAAUGAUCUCAAUCUUUGAGAUCCUUUUGGUUUUUGUUGGUUUAGGUUCUACUAGUAGUUGUGGGUAUUUUUCAAUUUGUAGUUAUUUGGUGAAUAUUUUGUAGUUGGGUAUAUUUUGAAGUAUUUAAUGGAAAAAUCUUCUCUGUUCUAGUUCCAA